CCUACAUAAAAUGCCAACAGACAUAAAACCUCCAAAACCCUGCUCCAAAAGCCCUCCUAACCCAAUUUCCCCGAUUCCAAUCUCCCUGCACCUCACUCCAACCCCUUUCAACCCCUCACCACCCCCUCCAGAACCCAGUCUUGUCUCCAUCCCUCAUCCAAACCUCACUGCACGCGUCCACAAGACAAAACUCAUAGAUAAGGGGAGAAGAGGGGACAUUGAGGUGCAGAAAGGGGAGAUAGAGCCCUGGGGAAAGAAUUAUAACAAAUAAAGUGAGAUUUCGAAAGAAAAAGUGCAUGAAAAGAUGUAUGAAAAAUACCUGAAAGACUCCGAGAAUGGCUUUAUUUGAAGAACAUUUUUCGGAACAAGAGAAAAUACUUUUCAAGCAGAUUUCAAGCUCUCAGACUUUAAUUGGCCAAAGAGUUGGAUGUAAAACCCCCAAUCGGUCAAAGAUUAAGAAUAUAAUUUCAGAGAAAGAUAAACCUUAUCUUCAUUUACAAACUCCAACUAAAUCUAACAGUCAGUCAGAUUUAAUCUGAUUCAAAGGGCCUAUUCAUCCAAAAAUACUAAAAAUGCUUAAUCCAGAGGUGAAAUCUUUUUGUAGAUGUCCAAAGCAAAAAUUGAAGUGAAAACUCAAAAGAAAAGACAUAACAUGACUCCUAAAAGUCGUUCAAAAGGAUAAAUACGUUUAAAAGACUUAUGAAGCCAAGAAAUUAAACAAAGAAACACCUACCAAACUGAAUGCUAAAAUAAAAUAACCCAACCCAAACUAUCCUCUAAAUUCCAUACCAUUCAAAACAC